AUGAAGGGCUUUCAGGAACGUCUCGCAUUCUUCUCCUUCGCCAUCUGUGUGCUCUUCUUCGUCUCCUGUGACGCGGUUCCCAUCUUCAUCCAGGAGCGAAACAUCUUCCUUCGAGAAACAAGCAGCAGCGCCUACCGCCCGUCCACCUACCUCCUCUCCUCCACGCUCGUCUAUCUCCCCCUACACCUGCUCAUGGCGCUCACUCUCGUGCUCGAGGCCUGGUGGUGCCUGGGGCUGCAGGGGGGAGCUGAAGGCUUCUGCUUCAUGGUGCUUGCGUGUUUUGCCAUGCUGUUUACUGGGAAUGCCAUCGCCACAUGCGUCAGCAUCUGCAUCAACCAUGUUGUCCUGGCCUAUGCAGUGGCCAUCGCUCUCAUGGCAUACUUUGCUCUCCUCAGCGGGUUCUACAUCGACAGGGAGAGCAUCCCAGACGGCUGGGUCUGGCUGCACUACCUCUCGCCCAUGAAGUAUGCGUAUGAGGCCCUGGCCAUCAACGAGUUUGGCAGGCCCGGAGGUCCCUGCUACUUGGAAGCUGGCACAAUGUUUGAUAAUACACCUGUGGCGCCGUAUCUAAACGCAACCAGAAUCAACAAGGCCAUGAUGGGGAUGCGGCAGGUGCUGGCUGGUACUCCUUAUAGCAAAAUCACUACAAGCACGUGUUUGCGGGACGGGCCGCAGCUGCUAACGACUACACUGGCGGUGAAUCAACUCGACAUGUGGGAGAACGUGGCAGUGCUGUUGGGUUUUGGGGUGUUCGUGCGGUUUGUCACAUUUCUGCUCCUGGUGCGGUUCAGUAAAGCUAAGCAGCAGUGA